AUGAGUUUGGAAAAAGGCCUUGUGGCUGCUUCUUCUGUUGCUGCUGUUUUAGCUAUGACUGCUUGUGUGAUUUUUUAUCCAGCACUGUUCAGGGAGAUCCAUGAAGUACACGAUAUGGUAAGGACGGUUCUUGAUGGUGUAGCGGUGUUUCGCACGGAAACCGACUCAGCGUGGGUAGAGCUGAUGGAUGUGCAGCUGAUGAUUUCGCCAGAGUCUAAACGCUACGAAAACCCAUUCUCGGUGUUUCGACAAAAAAGGCAAAGGCCUCUUCCGCCAUGGUGUGUUUGUGAACUAAAGCCUGUCACUUGCCCGCCCGGACCACCUGGACCACGUGGACCUCCAGGAGCGCCAGGAAUACCUGGAAUGCCCGGUCCAAAGGGAAGAGACGAUACGACAGUGUACGCACCAAUUCAGUGCCCUCCACCAGAUCCCUCAUGUAUCAAAUGCCCUCCAGGACCACCGGGACCACCAGGACCAUGCGGCGCAACCGGAUUAAAGGGACCAACGGGCCGACCUGGGGAGCCUGGGCCAAAGGGCAAUAAUGGUCGUCCUGGUCCUCCAGGUCCUAUAGGCGAUGCUGGACCUUGCGGCCCUCGUGGACCCAAAGGAAGACCCGGUACGAAAGGCAAAGAUGGAAUCCGCGGCAAAGGAUUACCUGGUCCAGUCGGACAAAGAGGACCUAUGGGAAUGAAGGGCAAAGCUGGUACUGACGGUAAGCCAGGUAUGCCUGGAGAACAAGGCCCUUGUGGUCCCGCCGGUCAAAACGGUUCUCCUGGAAUGCAAGGACCUGAUGGCCUUCCAGGUGCACCAGGAAGGAUGGGUCCUCCAGGUAAGGAUGCCCAUUACUGUCCUUGCCCUGAUCGAGGUUCGGCUGUCUCUCAACCGGCAUCGGGGUAUUAUUCUGGCGGUGCUUCAGCGGCUCCUCAGCCCGUUGCUCCUCAGCAAUCAGCGUAUUAUCCCGCUAGUGCUCCUGUUGUUGCUCCCCCGCCAGCAGUCGCUCCUCCGCCAUCACCGUUUUAUUCUGGCAGUGCUCAACCUGCUGCUCCCCAGCCAGCUCCAUAUUAUCCUGGUCGCGGUCCUGCCGCUUCUCAGAGAGCACCGUAUUAUCCUGGUCGUGCUCCUGUCGCUCCUCAGGCAGCCCCUUACUAUCCUAAUCGCACUCCGGCAGGUCCACCAGCAGCGUUUCCUGAAACGAUGAACGGAGGAGCCAUGGGAUAUGGAAGAAAAGCAGCGAGGAGAAUUAAGAAGAAGCUGAAGAGAAACUAA